AGUGCUAAUUGGUCCAUACUGAUGUCAAUCACCAUUACAAAGACUUGUGGAUAACACGUGACCCAAGAACCCCCAACAUACCAUAGAGGUUAUUAGCAUGGUCCAAUGACCGAAGGUCCUGCAACGCUAAACAAGUGCCCUCCCUCCGACUACAAGUUCCAGGAUCCCUUGUUUCUAAAUCAGGAUGGAGCACGAGUUCUUGAGUUCAGAUGAACUGGACGAUGAGGUGUUUUAUCCGGACAAUUUCGAGUUCUCCGCGGAGCCUUUAUCUUCAUCGUCUUCAAUGUUCAACCAUAGUCCGCCUUACAAUUACCUCCUGGGCCGGUUCCAGCUCUUCACCGUAUCUCACUGCUGUGGUCCAGGGUGCAGGAUCACUGAGAGCAAAGACAAAGCUACACAGACCUUAGAGCCCUCAACUCUUAAUGGUGAUAUCAUGUUACCGUGUGGCGUUUCGGAAUCCCCACAGAGACUUUUCUAUGGACAUGCAGGAUAUCUCUUACACCAGUCCACGAACGUCACCAUGCGGUUUGGCAAUGGGACAGGUCGUGCCAGGCAGGAGCAGACGGCUGAGCGGAGAAUUGCCCGAAAGUUACAGUGCAUUGGGGAUCAGUUCCACAGGCUUCAACUACAGAGGAUUCAACAAAAUCGAAACCAAAUCUGGUUCCAGAUACUGCUCUUCCUUCGAAACUUGGUGGUUCAUCGUGAGAGGAACAGGGGUGGUUUCCAGAGGUGAAUUUUUCUCGGUGAGUCAAGACCCGCUCAGCUUAUGGCAUCACUGGACCAUUCUGUGGUUGGUUACAGAAGGUGUUCCAGCCUCAUCAGGGAUUUCUGGUCAAACACUGUUGAGACUACAACUCGUGUUGACAUCUGCGGACUCAACCGGAACUGAACCGGGAUGACGUGUUUUGUUUCCGCAAAUGAGCCGCAAAAGUUUUACACAACCGAACCUAAAACUAUGGGAGGAGAGGAUUUUCUAUUUUUCCAGCAGGUACAGAAGAGAUGCAAGUACAACAUUUCAGGACCUACCUCCGAAAAUCGACUUAAAAACCAGGACUUAUCCAAUACUUACC